CGAACCUCGAGGAUUCCAAAUCCAACCCCCCCAAGCCAACCAUUAUUUUCCACAGGAGAAGCAUCUUCAGGUUCUGACCUAACGGAUCAGGUAUAAAAAACUUGAGAUGCAUCAAGAUGCCUUCCGGGACCGUAACACACGAUUCUGGCUACUCUUCCCACUCAAGGAAAGCAGCGCAAGGAUCAAUGCUCGGCAGUUGGGUAUACGACACAUCCUCGCUUCAAGAUCGCCUUCACCGAGGAUACCAUCCGAGUCAAGAACAGAGACGCCGGGAGGUGGAGCGCGAGGCAGACCGCCUCGCACAUCUUGUUACUGGCCCAUCCAAAUCGACAUUGUGCCUCUUGCCGCCUCUGACUCUGGACCUCAUGGCAACUUCUCAGAGCGAUGCCCAUUAGAACAUCGCUGUUCAGGACAUGGGUUUUUCCAUCAAAACCGAAAAGAAGGUACCAUCCUUCGAGAUUCUCCGUCAUUUGAAUCCCCCAUGAGUGGUUUGGUGCUACUACUCGGGGCGUCCAGCUGCAUCUCUCCGCAGCAGAGCCGCCAUUCUUCUCGGGUAGGUAUGGGGGUGGUCGUCCAAGCCUCUUCCCCAAAACUGCGCUUCGGGUAUUUGUCGGCAACCGUACCUUUCCCUCCCCCCCGUGGCCUGGCCCGCUCUUUUGUGUUUUUUGUGGAGCGAGAUUACUGGGGGGAGCAUCAAAUACGGACAGCCUUCUGAAUUUUCGACUCACCAACACCAAACAUUUCGACGGAAGCCUACUAAAGCAUCCAUAAAAUCCACAACCUCCGCCGAAACAAACUCCGUCGCGUUACA